CACAGCUGCUGCCGUCCUUCCCUUUAAGCAGAGGGUGGCGGCGCGAGCGCGUUUCUGCGUCGGCAGGGGCGGCAGCUGCCCGCCCUUUUUGCCCGCUGACAGCUGCUGUCGUUCGGCGGCCGCCGGUGCCUGAGGGAGGGCGGCCGCCGCGCUCGCUGCCUCUUCCCUCGCCACCGCCGCCGCGCGUGUGCCGAGCCGGCGGCGCGGCUGCAGCGGCAGGCGGGGAAGCGCUCCUCACCGCUCCGCCUCCGAUCGCCGCCCGCUGCGGGGAUGUGUGAUUGCCAUGGCGAGGCGGCUCUUCCCGGGGGCCUGGCUCAGGAAACCCCACUACGUGCAGGUACGUUUAUCAUACAUGCGGAUGAAGUAUCUCUUCAUUUCUUGGUUAGUAGUAUUUAUUGGCAGCUGGGUUAUGUAUGUUCAGUACUCUACCUACACAGAACUAUGCAGAGGACAUGACUGUAGGAAAAUAAUAUGUGAUAAAUACAAGACUGGAGUUAUUGAUGGGUCAGCAUGUAGCAGUCUUUGUGCUAAAGAAACAUUGUAUUUUGGAAAAUGUUUGUCAACAAAGCCCAAUAACCAGAUGUAUUUAGGAAUCUGGGGAAAUCUGCAAGGUGUUAUAAAAUGCCAGAUGGAGGAAGCUGCUCAACUUGAUUUUGGUACUGACCCAGAACCAAGGAAGGAAAUAGUCCUUUUUGAUAAACCAACAAGAGGAACCACUGUUGAGAAAUUCAAAGAAAUGGUAUAUGGGCUUUUUAAAGCAAAAUUGGGUGAACAAGGAAAUCUUUCAGAACUGGUUAAUCUCAUCCUAUCUUUUGCUGAUGGAAACAAAGAUGGUAGAGUUUCUUUGCCAGAGGCGAAAUCUGCAUGGGCACUUCUGCAGCUAGAUGAGUUUCUGUUAAUGGUGAUCUUGCAGGAUAAAGAACAUACUCCCAAGCUAAUGGGUUUUUGUGGCGAUCUCUAUGUGACUGAAAGAGUUGAAUAUACCUCUCUCUAUGGAAUCAGCCUUCCAUGGAUUAUAGAACUUUUCAUUCCCGCUGGCUUCAGAAGAAGCAUGGACCAGUGGUUUACUCCAUCGUGGCCAAGAAAGGCAAAAAUAGCUAUAGGGCUUUUAGAAUUUGUGGAAGAUAUUUUCCAUGGACCUUAUGGAAACUUUCUUAUGUGUGAUACAAGUGCCAAAAACUUGGGAUAUAAUGAUAAAUAUGAUUUGAAAAUGAUGGACAUGAGAAAAGUUGUGCCAGAAAUGAAUUUGAAAGAAAUAAUUAAAGAUCGUCAGUGUGAAUCGGAUUUGGACUGUAUUUAUGGUACAGACUGUAGAACUCUAUGUGACCAAAGCAGAAUGAGAUGUACCACAGAAGUAAUUCAGCCAAACUUGGCAAAAGCCUGUCAGCUACUUAAAGACUAUCUGCUUCGUGGUGCUCCUUCUGAUAUCCAUGAAGAACUAGAAAAACAACUGUACUUGUGUAUUGCCCUUAAAGUCACAGCAAGUCAGAUGGAAAUGGAGCAUUCUUUAAUACUCAAUAACUUAAAAACUUUGCUGUGGAAAAAAAUUUCCCAUACAAAUGAUUCUUAGCUUCUCCACUAGCAGAAGAUAAUAUUGAUGCCUGCCACGGGAGGUGGCCUACCACAUUUGAUAAAAACGAUCUGCAGCAUUUUUUAAAGAUGUUUCUUUACUCAGAUUUCAUUAAUGGUUCUUUAACUCUUGCCAUUCAGUCAGUACCUUAUGAUAGGGCUUCUCAAAGAAUGAACAUGCCACUGAAUGAUCAGGUGGAGGCCAGAAGCACUUCUGGUGUUCCAGUGCUGUUACAGAAACAAAAACCCUGCAUGCUUGACUGUUCUGUGUACUUUGUCAGAUCUUGAACAGGGUGAAAGUAUUCACUGUGCUGCCACAUCAACUGAUGGAACACCUUGCAACUCUGUGAAAAUCAUUGCUCACUUGUGAAAUACCUGCAAAAGAUUUUUAUCCUAAGUAGUUUUAUGAAGAACCACCACUACUGCAAAUAACAUGUCUGAGUCCAAGCUGCUGUUGUGAAUAAACUGAACUGUGAGAUUGAAGUUUACUAAUACCUUGGCAUGGCAGAAUUUGCACAUUAAUAAUUUUUAAACUGUGGAAAAUUAGAAUUUUAUUCUAGAACUGACAGGUUGUAAUAUGAGACCUAAAUCAGAUUCUGUUUACACCUUGUUACCUCAUGCUUACAUCUUGAAUGUUUAAGUAGUUCAACACUUUUUAAUUAAGUCCUUAUACAGUGAACCAUGUUGGGAGCCAAGAAUUUUAGAAUAUGUUUUCUUAAAAUCAUGUAUAUAGUCUAACAGCAAUAUCAACAUCUGUUUCAAAAACUGUGGAUUACUGUACUUCAGUUGAAACCUUUAACCCAAAUUAAGCUGUAGCAAAUAUUGAAAAGCAAAGAGUUUGUGGACUAA